GGCCAUAGUGGAACCAAGUAAAAAGGGUUCGGUACGCCAGUCAAGCCCGUCCAGUUUUUAUUGCCUUCUGGCAAUUGGGGGGAACUGUAACUUAGAGGCAGCUGUUGGAUCUCUAUCCGCAGUCGCACCCACGACUAACUCUGCCAUUCGCGCUUCUCCGCUCGAACGUGAACGUCCGCCGUCCGCGUUACCAUUUUUCCUAUACAGUGUGUGUAGUGAGUGCAUUUCAUUAUCUAAAUCCUCAACCAUGGUCGGCACCAUGAACAGAAUCAAGAAUAAACUGCGCAGUAGUCGACUGCACAAAAAGGAGGGCGCGUGGGCGCUGGACGAGGACUCGCUGCGUCUCAAGCAGACGCAGGACGACGACCCCGUGCGCUUCGACCGCAGCACGACGCUGGCGGAUACCGUCAAUGUGACGGACGACGUGGAGGAAAUGUUCUACGGCCGCAGCACGUCCAAUACCUCCUCGGACAUGCCGCAGUACCGCACGACAGAGCAGAUUCGCGCCAACAACAUGACGCUCUCAGCACUCCACGAAGACGUCGAGGCCAGUAAUGUCAGCAACGUCAGCAGCAGCUUCUCGCAGUUCUCAACCACGACGCCUAGCAACUAUGCAGCCUCCACGCCUGGGAAUUUCUCCAGUACCUACCACGGCUUCAACACGGUCCACAGCACAACAGGCACGUCACGUGCUGUCAGUGGAGACUUCGAACUGGAACGUCUUCGCUCUGAGGUGCUGGAGGUUAAAGAAGAGGUCAAAGCCAUUCGACGAGAAGUCAUGAACGAGCUACACGUGACGCGAUACGACGUGCUCAAGGAGUUGGCGCUUCUCAAGGGCGCCAUCGCUCAGUUGACUGCGACACAGCACAGUGCGCCCCCGUCGGUAUCAUCUACAGAGAGCUCGUCAUCAGACCCUUUGUCGGCUGAAGAGCGCGCUGCUCUGACGCGUCAGACGUCCACCAAGACGUCACAAGCCACACGUGAUCGUCUCGCUGCGUCUCGUACUAAUAUCCACAAGACGCCGCCACCUGCAGCGCGGGCCAGUGUGAGACUAACACAAUUGGCACCUGUGGCAGACAAUGCACUGUCGACGCCCUUGAGUCCACAGCAGAUCAACGAGAUGUUCCCACUCAUCGACUUUACGUCGGAGCUUGCAGCACACGCUCGUGGCUUGACUCCUGGUACUCGUACAUGGGCGUUAACCCGUGUGGAAGAGUGGCUGGAUGCUCGGUUUAAUGUCGGCAAUGACACACUCCUGGCUGUCGUCGGAGAGGGAGGAACCGGUAAAAGCGCCUUUUGUGGUACAGUGGCUCAGCAGUUCCGUGGGAAUCUGUUGGCUGCGCACUGCUGUCAAUUCGACCGUAAGAGCAAGAGCAGUCCCAGAAAUGUGCUGCUGUCUAUGGUGCAUCAGCUUGUGGAUAACUUACCGUCGUUCAAGAACCAACUGGCCAGACUAAACCUCAAGUAUGUGCUGGAAGAAGCAGACCCGUUCCUACUGGCUGGUAAAGUGCUGGUGGACCCGUUGAAUGCUAUGGAGGAGCCCAUGCACGCUACGUUCAUGUUGGUGGACGGAAUCGACCAGUGCGCGGCCGGAUUGAACGGCCGCAAUGAGCUGCUGGAGUUCUUCGCUCAAGUGAUUCCUCAACUCCCAUCGUGGGUCGGAUUCCUGAUAUCAUCAAAGCCGUCGUCCAAGCUGGCUAAGCGCCUUCCAGUAUCGUCGGUAUUGGACUUCAGUGCCAAGAACGGAGCGUUCGUAGCUGACGUGUCUUCGAUUGUCGAUGAUAUCGCUCGAAACUUCAGCGAUGACGACACUGCAGAGGCCAAGAAGGUGCUGAAGAAGAAGAGUGGUGGGAACUUUGCCUACUUGGAGUUCACCAAGCAGGCUCUAUCACAUCCGGGAAUGGCAGCUGCAAGUAAGGAAGGUGCAGUACCGCUCGAAGUUCUCCAUGAGUUACCGGAGACUUUGUACGACAUUUAUGCUGAGAUCUUCGAGGACAAGUUCGGACAGGGACGUGCUCGCGUGUGGGGCAAGGCCAAACCCCUGUUACAGCUGAUUGUUGGUGCAGCAGCAGGUCCGUACUCGCCCAUGACGGAGGAACAGGCUAAGGAGCACUUCAAGUUCACAGCUGAAGACCUGCGGAUGUUGCGUCGAUCCUUCGUGGACCUUGUGGCAGUAAAGCACGGUGCAUACCGUAUCGAGAGCUCUGCGUUGUGCGCGUGGCUGAGUGACCCUGCUCGGUCUGAAGAGCAGUUUUACUUCAGCAUUGACGACGCGCUGCAAGCUCUGCGUAAAAUGCGCCGUGUCAGUUCCAGUGGCUCCAGUAGCGGCCACUCCGGCAGCUCGUCGGACGGUAAAGCCACUCACAGAGCGAGCAGCAGGGUAAAAACAUCCAGCAAGACGCACCAGCGAGCACACACACGUCACGAGCCCCGUGCCAAUCCGGACUUCAAACCCGUGGGUAUUCUCAAGCGCAACAAGUUGUAGAUGAAUUGUGUAAGGCUUUUGUGGACACCUUUUGACCCAAAUAAGUAUUGGAUGUUUGCUAUCACUUUAUCGGCGUCGUCGCUGCAU